UUGGCGCCUUGCUUAACGGUGCUAUUCAACCGCAUAUACGGAGCUGAAUACCCGAGGGAAUUCACGACUAGCACCCUGUCCCCCAUAUUCAAAAAAGGGGGCGAGUCAUGCUGUGACAAUUACCGGGGAAUCGCAGUUGGGGGUCCCCUGUGCAAACUUUAUGCCAAUAUCAUAGGGAGGCGAUUAAAUAAUUACUGUGAGGGCAAUAGGCUACGUGCCGUUAGCCAGGCUGGAUGUAGG